GUUUUAUUGUGUUCCAUGUUAGAAGUGUCCAGCAACUGGCCCCCCUGUAUCCGUGUGAUGGUCUCCGAGUCUGACUCUCUGUCUCAAGCAACGCUGUUCAUUGUAACCUGUGAUGGUGCCAGCAUUGGUAGGGAGAAGGGCAUGAACAACCUCAUCAGAAUACCUGACAUCAACGUCAGCAAGGUGCAAUCUGAGAGUACAGUCAUAUCACAUGGUGAUGUUCUUCGAGUGGGCAAUACGACCCUGUCCCUGCACAUCCACCCUGGCAGUGACACAUGUGAUGAGUGCGAGCCAGGACAGGUCUUGGGCAGAUUGCAGGCUGAGGAGAAGGCUAAACAUGAGGUGAAGAUCAUGAGUAGGGCAGAUCGGUUGAAGGAGCACAAACAGCAGCUGAAACAGAUCAAGAGGAGAUACGGUCUGGAGAACUGUGCCUAUGUAGACAACACAACGGCCAUCCACAACCCAGCCUAUGAAGACAAGGCAGCUUCCAGGCGGCUGACAGUCGGUAGUGAUAACCCACAUGCUCCGGAUGAGGGCCCAGCCUCGGUCAUGCAACCAAUAUCAACUCAGAACAAGGGCCACAAGCUGCUGGCCAAGAUGGGCUGGAAGGAAGGUCAAGGUCUUGGCAAGGACAAUACAGGAAUAGCAGAACCGAUCAAUGUGUUGCUGAGGACCAAUCAGGCAGCUGGAUUAGGGUCUGGGGCAGCAGUUCAGAAGAGCCUAGAUGACGUGCAGAUGGCGGGGAAGAGUCAGCGAUGGCUGCAGGCCCAGCAGAGAUACAACAAGCUGGCUAAGCAGCCUGUUGACCUUAGCAAACCCACAAACAUGUCCCUCUCCUUCAAGAAAGGCCCAACCGUCAAACUCCACCCAAAGGUUGACCUUGGGGCAGGAGAAUCUGAUGAGGAUGGAGACUGACUUGAUGGAGCUGUUUGUGCAGGACUCCCGUCAAAGGUUACCCAACACAUGUGAUCAGAUACUGAUCUGUCAGCCAGUCGAACAGACCUGUAUCACUGUGUGCUCAUUCCCACACAACAGUGAACUUAGGCCCUGAAGGAGUGUGUCCCGGGAAUGGUUUUGAAAACAGGAACUUGCGACAAUCCAGGAGGUGAUGUUGCGAUGACCAGUUUCUCAAAGCUGAUGAUCAGUUCAUCAUCAUUCACUUGGGUGGUGGGGUGGGUUAGCCUUGUGGUUAAAGCGUUUCGCUCAUCACGUUGAAGACCCUGGUUCGAUUCCUGACAUGGGCAAAACAUUUGAAGCCCAUUACUGUUGUCCUACCUGCCAUGAUUUGGCUGGAAUAUGGCUAAAAGCGUCAUAAAACCAAACUCAGACACUCAUAAUUCAUUAUAAAAAACAUUAAACAUGUUCACUUUUUUUGGUUGCAAUUAUGAUCUAUUCCCAAGUUCCAACUUGUCACAUUGGCAAGAGGGUAUUUCCAGGCAGGAUUGAUUGUGUUAUGAAACAAGACAUUUCCUGAACUUGGUGAUCUCUUGACAGCUAUAGCUAAUGCUGGAAGUUAUCCAGGACCAGGUUGUAGCAGGACUUUAGUGAUACAUUCAUGUGUCAUAGCACCCCUGUUACUGAACGUACAAUAAAUGUGU